AUGUCCGUGCUGCGACGCGAGGGACGGCUGGUGCUGAAACACUUCGCGACCAUGGCGGUGGCGCCCAUCAACACCCACACUUGCGCGGGCCUCGCCGCGCCCCGCGAGCCCCGCACCGGGCGCCUCCCGGUCUUUUUUGCAUCACUGUCGCUGAGAGCGAGGACGGGCGGCAAGACCGCGCACCAAGCGUGGCUCAGGGCACCAAACGAGCGGCUGCCUGCACCGUCGUGUGCCUCCCGCCGGCCAGCCGAGCGGCCACUCGGAGCGGACCACAAGCCCGCCACGCCGCCCACGGCCCCGCACUCGGCUCUCGACACCAACAGCAAGCGCCGCGCGUCGAGCGUGUCCGCGGGCAACACCGCCACCGCGGCCCUCGCGGAGCCCAACGGAUCCGCUACGCGCGAUCCGGCGCCCCCCGCCUGCGGAUCCAUCCAGGUCAUCUGCGGUCCGAUGUUCGCCGGAAAGACAACAGAGCUUUUACGGCAGGUGGCGCAGCACGAGCAGGCGGGGCGCCGCGUGCUGCUCGUGAAGCCCGCGGUGGACAACCGCUACGCCGAGGGCGAGGUCGUGAGCCACGACGGGCUCCGGCGGCCCUGCGUCGCCGUGCGGGACCUGGGGGAGGUGUGGGACCUCAUCGACGCAGGGGGGGUGUCCGGGCGGUAUGACGUGGUCGCGGUGGACGAGGCGCAGUUCCUCCGGGGGCUCCCGGGGUUCUGCGUCGAGGCCGCGGAGCGCUACGGCAUGCGCGUCCUCGUCGCGGGCCUCGAUGGGGACUUUUUGCGGAGGCCUUUUGGAGACCUGACUCAGCUGGUGCCGCUGGCGGACGUGGUGACGCGGCUGGCGGCGUCGUGCGCGCGGUGCGGGGAGCGCGCGCCGUUCUCGCUGCGCGUCGCCGGCGGCGACGGCGUCGAGCAGGUCGGGGGGGGGGAGUCCUACAUGCCGGUCUGCCGGGCGCACUACGUCGAGGCAACGACCUCGGGCGACACCUCGGACAGCUCGGGCGGAGAGGAGGCCACUGCGGACGACUGA